AUGGAGAGACAUUUACAACCAGAGACUGAGGACAACCCUGGAGGCUCUUCUGAACCUGACACUGAAGACAGUGGAGAUUGGAAGGAGACCAGAGAACCAGGUUCAAACUCUCAGAGAAAUAAACAAGACCCUGUCAGUGAUUCAAGACGUAGUGCAGGAGAGAAACCAUUCGGCUGUUCAGUCUGUAAGAAAUCUUAUAAACAGAGUUGUCAUUUAAAGGAGCACAUAAGAAUCCACACAGGAGAGAAACCAUUCGGCUGCUCAGUCUGUAAGAAAUAUUUUAAAAACAGAGGAGAUUUAAAAUGCCACAUGAGAAUCCACACAGGAGAGAAACCAUUUAGCUGCUCAGUCUGUAAGAAAUCUUUUGCACAGAGUGGAUAUUUAAAGACACACAUGAGAAUCCACACAGGAGAUAAACCAUUCAGAUGCUCAGUCUGUAAGAAAUAUUUUACAGUGUUAGGAAGUUUAAAGUUACACAUGAGAAUCCAUACAGGAGAGAAACCAUUCAGCUGCUCAGUCUGUGAGAAAUCUUUUACACAGAGUGGAGAUUUAAAGACACACAUGAGAAUCCACACAGGAGAUAAACCAUUCAGCUGCAGUGUUUGUGACAAAAGAUUCACUUGGAGUAAUCAGGUCAAAAGCCAUAAGUGUGUUGGUCGUCAGUCCUCACAGCUUCAUCAAACUCAAACUGAGGAGAACACAGAGGCAGAGCCUCCAGCCAGCAGCUCAGCUGAACACAUGGAAACAGAAGCUGAUGGAGAGGACUGUGGAGGACCAGAACCAGCCAGGAACUCAGAUCCAGAGAGACAUUUACAACCAAAGACUGAGGACAACCCUGGAGGCUCUUCUGAACCUGACAUUUUCCAAGUCAAAUCUGCAAUAAAAAAGAGGACAAUUAAUUAGUCCUUCGACAAUUCACAUGAGAAUAAUCUGUCUGUCUGUAUAAACUCUGUUUGACAAUGUUCAUGCAUGACUUCAUCUAAACUCCAUCUUUAUCAACAGAAGUUUUGAAUAUGUUUAAUGUUUUUGUCAUACUACUUUUCUGAUGUAUAACCAUGUAUAACCACUGACUGAUUAAUCUGCAGAGUAGUUUCUCUAAUAAUCUGUUUGUUUAAUGAAAUGUUGUGACUUGAAACUUCCAUUGGGAUGUUGUUGAUAGUUCCUGAUGAGUUAUCAGUCUGUUCUGGUCUAAAAGAAGAACCAAUGACUUAUUGAUAUAGAGAAUGUGUACGAUGUUUCCAGUUUGAUUCUGUUUAUAUCAUCAAACCAAACUAAAAGAAAAAGGCCUUUGAAACAGACUCGCAUUCCUGCAUAUUGUUUGUGUUUUGCAGCAGAUUACAAUCAGCUCAUUUAGAGUUCAGAGUUCAGAUGGAAUUUUAGGAUUAUUCCUGCUUUUUGGAACUGUAGUUCGGGCUCAUGUGUUUCAUAGUUGGUGUUCUGUUAAAUGCAAAUUGAAGUCCUUUCACCUCCGUUGAAUCAGGGUGGAAGCAGAAAUAAAAUACUUUUUCAUAUCGAA